UACUUAGAGGGCGUGACAUGGCGAAUCAAUUGCUUGAAGUGCUUGUUGCUCAUAAUAACAAAUCCAAUAAUCAUCACUAUCUAAAUAGAUCAUAUGAUGAUGAUGAUGAUAAAGGGUUAAUGGUACUAUUACCAUAUGCUGAAGAUCUUGUGCAUCAAGUACUAAGAUCAUUCACGAAUUCCCUUUUGAUCUUGAACACUACUACUACCACUAAAAGUGAUGCUAUUGAUCAUGAUGUUUUCUCCGAUGGAAGGGUGGUUUUUGAUUCUGCAAAAUUCAGAGAUUUCUCUUCUACUACUUCUUCUCCGAGUCUUCAUCACACAAACAAUAAUCGAUUAAGAAAAUCAUCUGUACCAACAUGGGAGAAGGAUAGUCCAAUUUUAAUUGAAGAUGGACAUGAAUGGAGAAAAUAUGGACAAAAGAUGACAAUGAAUUCAAAAUACCUAAGGAAUUAUUAUAGGUGCAGUCACAAGAAUGAUCAAGGUUGCCCAGCAACAAAAAAAGUGCAACAAAUUCAAGACAAUCCACCAUUGUUCCGAACAAGCUAUUAUGGUCAUCACAUAUGCAAAAGCAUCACUUAUAAUGAGGAAACAAUUUUGGCAUCUGAAUCUUUUUCCGAAACUUCUAUGUUCCUUAGCUUCAAUAAUAAUAAUAAUAAUAAUAAUAAUAACAAUAAUAGAAAUGUUAUUAUUACACCUAGCAAAGAACACCAAUUUUCAUCAUCACAAGCUUUUGGAUCAAAAAACUUCAUCUCACAAAACCAAUUAUUACUAUCUUCAUCAGAUUACUACCACCCAUUAUGUGUCUAUGAAGAACUUGGUUUCGACUAUUCUAGGCACCAUGAUCCUAUGCUAUAUUCCACUGAUGAAAAGGUUCAAUUUGACAAUAAUGCUUUAGGGUGGGACUUAUUGGAUUAUGAUGGCUUGGCAUGUUAUGGUCAACAAAAUUAAGAAGACUUUUGGUGACGUCAGCUUGGAACAGAGAUUCAAUAGAAUU